GUGUGUUGUAUUUUAUUACGUUGUUGCAUUACGGAUCGUCACGGGGUACCGUGUAAAUUGUGGUCAUUAUUUGACGACAAUUUAUUCACGUGCUCACUAACUUUCGUCUCGUGUUUGUUGAGUUGAGUUUUAUAUUCGGUGUUUUUUUCGUUGUGAAUUGUGCGAGUGAAAUAAUGGGGGUAUCAGAGCCCGGUUCUUCAACAACUCCCGAAUUAUCUUUGGACCAUGAGAGGCCAGGAUCAGGCAGCGGUCCCGAUGAUGAGGACAUCCCCAGAAGGAAGCAGAGGCGAUACAGGACGACAUUCACUAGUUAUCAAUUGGAUGAACUGGAGAAGGCUUUCGGAAGAACACAUUAUCCUGACGUCUUUACUAGAGAAGAGCUAGCUUUAAAGAUAGGGUUGACUGAAGCCCGAAUCCAGGUGUGGUUCCAAAAUCGGCGAGCGAAAUGGCGGAAACAAGAAAAGGUUGGGCCACAAGCGCAUCCGUACAGCGGGUAUUUGAACGGUGUGCAGCCGCUGCCGACAUCCGCGCCGCUUCCAACGGCACCACACCCGCUCUCACAGCUGGGAUUCGGUCUAAGGAAGCCAUUCGACACCGCAUUAGCGUCGUUCAGGUACGCUAAUUCCCAACUAUUCGGAACGCAAUACUUGCCACCACUCUCGCGGCCACUAUUCGGAGCCCCCUUAUACCCGACAUCGCACGCACAUUUUCAUUCCUUAUUCGUGAAUCUAACAGCUCAUGACUCCCUUCGUCUUUCCGAAGACAGCAGACUCUCGGCUGAACAUUCCCGAUCGUCGCCUGAAAAUAUGCGGCCCAGUGAAUCGUUUCAAGCAGCGACGAGAUCGAAUCGUUCGCCGUCGAUAUCUCCCCCUAUAUCGCCUGGCAGUGAGUCGUUGCCUUUACAACCCGCAAUGGAUGAUGUAAGAAGUUCAAGUAUCGCCGCGUUGAGGUUGGCAGCACGGGAGCACGAAUUGAGAUUAGAAUUGUUGAGACAAAGAGCAGAUUUAAUUUGCUGAAUAUAAAAAUGGCAUAUUGUUUGCGAAAACAUUGUGUAGUAAUUUAAUUAAAAAAUAUUACUCUAAUUGUAAUUAAGGUUUAAGAAAAAUUUUUGAAUUUUCAUUGUCAUUGUAUAAUUUUCAU